GGCGGGCGGAGGCCGGGGGGUGGAGCCGCCCGCGCGCCCUCAAUGCCCCGCCACCCGCGGGCACCGCCGCCAGGCCUCCCGGCCUCCAGCCCCCGCGCCGACGAUCGAUGGAGCGGGACCCCGGGUCUACUGCAGUGUCCCCCAUGAGACUCGGAAUGGUGAGCACGUAGGUGAGCAUGCAGGAAGGCAGGUGGUGUGGAACAUGCCUCCACCACCCAGUGCUUCUGCUGCCCACGGCCGCACUCACCUAUGCCCAUGGCCUGCACGGGUCUGUCGCUCUCCAGCGCCUUUGACAUUCUAGGUGCCGCAGGUGAGGGCAAGCUCUUGCAUCUUAAGCACAAGCUGAAGACCCUGCGCCCAGGCUGCCGGGGGGCGGACCUCCUGCACGCCAUGGUGCUCCUGAAGUUGGGCCAGGAGACCGAGGCCAGGAUCUCCCUGGAAGCGCUGAAGGCGGAUGCGGUGGCCCGGCUUGUGGCCCGCCAGUGGGCCGGCAUGGACAGUGCCGAGGCCCCAGAGGAGCCCCCAGACUUGUCCUGGGCAGUUGCCCGGGUAUUCCACCUGCUCGCUGAGGAGAAGCUGUGCCCGGUCACUAUGCGGGACAUGGCCUACCAGGCUGCCCUCCAUACGUUCAGCUCCAGGGAUGACCACCGGCUCACAGAGCUCCAGGGAGAGGCCCAGGACCGCUGUGGGUGGGGUAUCGUCAGGGACCCAGGGAGCUUCCAGCCCCUUCACUCUGAUCAGGGCUGCCUGCCACCAUCCUCAGUGUCACCCUCAGGCACUCACAGCCUUCCUCAGCCCAUCAGGCACCUUCCGGACUGGAGCAGAGGGUGUUCCCUGAGAUCCACCGGCAGCCCCGCCUCCCUGGCCAGCAAUCUGGAAAUCAGCCAGUCGCCCACCAUGCCCUUUCUCAGCCAUCACUGCAGCUGCCACGGGCCCAGCAAGCUGUGUGACAAGCCCCAAGCCAGCCCGGUGCCUGAGCCUGCCCCCACGGGCUGCCAGGAGCCUGAGGAGGUGAGCUGGCCACCUUCGGAAGCGACUGUCAGCCCCCCAUCGAUGGAGACUGCCAGCCCCCCACUGGGGGAGACUGUCAGCCCCUCAUCAGGAGAGGUGGCUAGCCCCUCAUCCGGGGAGAGUGCCAGCCCCCCAUCGGGGGAGGCUGCCCGUCCCCCAUCGGGGGAGACUGCCAGCCCCUCAUCGGGGGAGACUGCCAGCUCCCGGACGCUACCAAACAGCUCAGCCCCUAGGCUUACUGAGCUGGUCCCAGAUGCAAGCCCUGGCCAGCCCGACCCCCCCAAAGCUCUGGAAAUCAGCACCCACUACCCGGUGGAGUGCACAGAAGUGUUGGCAGCCCCCAAAUCUCUCUCCUUGCCCUCCAGAAACACUUGCCCUGACAAGGACCAGCCCCCACUCCCACUUCCUGGAGAAGAUAUCACUUCCCAGGUGGCCAGCCCAUGCCCACCUGCGCCCUCAGCCCUGAGGACGUCCCCUCCCUGCCCUGCAUCAUCGACCCCUUCUUCCACUGGCCUGGCCUCCUCCAGCCCAUGCCCCCCUUCUCCCGAGUUGGAGUCAGAGCAGAAAUUCUAUAACUUUGUGAUCCUGCACGUUGCGGCGGAUGAACACAUUGCCCUGCGGGUCCGGGAGAGGCUCGAGGCCCUGGGGGUCCCUGAUGGGGCCACCUUCUGUGAGGAUUUCCAGGUGCCCGGGCGGGGCGAGCUGCGCUGCCUACAAGACGCCAUCGAACACUCGGCCUUCACCAUCCUGCUGCUCACCCCCAACUUCGACUGCCACCUGGGCCAGCACCAGGCGGGCCAUUCGCUGAUGAGCAGCCUCACGCGGCCCGGGUGGCAAGACUGCGUGAUCCCCUUCCUGCCCCUGGAGAGCUCCCAGGCCCAGCUCAGCUCCCACACGUCCAGCCUGCUCAUCGGCCUGGUGUGGCUGGUCGAGCACUCCCGGAUCUUCGCCAGGAGGGUGACCAACACCUUCAAGCCGCAGACGCUACGAGCCCGCAAGGCCCACUGGAGGAAGGAACAGGACGUGCGGGCCCUGCAAGAGCAGCGCCGGCACCUGGAGGGCGAGCGGCAGCGGGUAGCGGCACUGAACGCGGCCUACUCGGCCGACGUCCAGAACUGCUUGUCCUGGCAGGCGCAGAUGGAGACACUCCGGGCGGCCUUCGGGAGCCACAUGCCAUUUGGGACUCAGGUGCCCCCCGGGGGCCCGGGGCCUCUGGGCGCCCCCCGGCCCUUUCCCUCCUGGCCGGGCCAUCAGCCGCCCCCUGAGGCUCCGUGGCUGGCCGGCUCGCCCGCGCCCGCCUUCCCGCCGCCCCCCGCCUUCCCGCAGGCCGGCCCGGCGCCCCCUCAGAGCCCCGGGCCGCAGCCCCUCAUCAUCCACCACGCCCAGAUGGUGCAGCUGGGCCUCAACAACCACAUGUGGAACCAGAGAGGGACCCAGGCGCCCGAGGACAAGACGCAAGGAGCAGAGUGACCGAGGGGCUGGGCCCGAGGACCCGGACCUUAGGGACGCCCCCCACCGCUUCCAGGGGGGGCAGAGGAGCGUGACGUCGUCGGCCGCUCUCCGGAAACGGUGCAAAAUGGGCCCCGACGACUCCCUGGCGCGCAGGGUGGCCAGACUUGGGUGUGGCAUUUACAAAUUCUCACCUGGGUGGUGGUGGGGCUAGUGGGCUGGGGGAUGUGGGUACCGUGUUUUAAGUAUAAUAAAUAUUUAUUGAAUGUUUCCGCGGUGCGGUUCUCCUCUGGGAGACUUGAACUGUACCCAAAAAGGGAACCGGAAGGGAGGAGCUCGCUUCUCCCAGUGUGAGGCAUGGACCGAACGGUUUGCGCAGUUUCUCGCAUUUCAUUGGCCAGAACCUAGUCACGUGGUCCAUCGGCUGCAAGGGACCUUGGGAAAUGUAGUCUUUUGGGCCGUGGGCUUUGCUAAAAGUUUUGGUUCUAAUACCAGAGAACAUGGAGAGAAAAGACGCGGGGGGACAUUUAGCACUUACUGCUGUAGCCCCCCCUUUUUUUUGCCAAAGGUUCCUGCCUUGAUGUGUCGUGUCCCCCACUCCCCACCUUGCUGGACUCAGAUCCGACCAUGUGAUCUUGGGCAAGGGCCUUUGGCUCUCCGAGCCUCGAGUUCUCGUUUGAGAAGUGGGUUUGAUGUUUCAAGGUUGUCAGCAGAUCCUGUGUGAGACACUGAACCUUGCAGUGUAAGUGCUCAUUAACCGCCAGCCGGAGAGGAGGGGGUUAAUCUUUUUUCAGGGUCACAGACCUUUGAGAAAGAAUAGAAUUAACACUUGGGCACUCACAUUUACGGAUUGCACAGGCUUUAAAGAUCUAAACGUAUUCGAUUUUAUUUUUAUUUUUUAAAAGUAAUCUCUGUGCCCAAGGUGGGGCUCGAACUCAGGACCCUGAGAUCAAGAGUCACAUGCUCCACCCACUGAGCCAGCCUGGCGCUCCUGAACUUAUUUUAAUCCCCAAAAUUGACCGCCCUCAGAGUAGAAGCUUAUAUUGUUGGGCUCAUUUUACAGAUAGGGAAAACAGGCUCAGAGAGGUGAAUCUGGGUCUGCACGGUCACACCGGUCAGAAGUGGAGGAAUUGUAAUUUCCAAGGGAGGAAGUGACGGAAGGGCCAACUCCAGCCGGCGGAGCCAGGAAGCCGCUAGCCCCUCCCACCCAACCGCCCGGCUCAAACAUUAACUUUGCAAGCCCUUUUCCUCCGUUUCCUGGGGCCCCGGAGGGCGGGCCUGGCUGACUCACUGAGGGCGUCAGAUACCACUGGUAAUUUUAGUCGCUGACUCAGAUUUUGUUGGGGCUCAGCUUCCUGAAGCCUCCGCAGCACUGAAGUGAAACCUGGGGAGGAGUCCGGGAGACCAGCUUCCAGGGUGGGCCGAGGUGGGCGGGGUUCGUGGACGGACGGUUUCUGUUCAUGGAGGCGAGAGCUAGCUGCAAAUAACUGGACGAUUGCGGUGAACAGACCAUUCGUUCAUGUGAACAACAUUUAUUGAGCGCCUACUGUGUACCCAGUUUGUCCCAGGCACUGGAGUGCAGUAGGGGCAAAGGCAGUCGCAAUCUAUCCCUUGCUCUCCUUUCAGUCGGAGGCGGAGGAGAGGGGACAGCGGAUGCGUCAUCACAGGAAGUGAGAUAAUUUCAGAAAGUGAAGGGCUAUCAGAAGAAAUGAACAGAGUUGGGGGUGUCCCAGGAGGGAAAACUUUGGCCCGAGUGGCCAGGGAGGGCCUCUCUGAGGAGGUGGUGUUAGAGCCAAGCCCCAUAGGAAGAGGAGCCCGCCAUGAUGAGAAGAGCUUGAGGACUGGGGUGAUUUUCUGGGCAGAGGAAACAGCUCGGGGGCAAAGGUCCUGGGGCAGGGCCCUGCCUGGCAUGUUGGAGGAACAGCAAGGACGCCUGUGUGGCUGGAGCAGAAUGAGCGAAGGGGAGGGAGGGAGGAGAGGAGGACAGGGAGAGGACGGUAGCAGGUUCCUGCUGGGCCCUGGGGGCUUCGGGGAGGACUUGGGCUUUUCCCUCAGGGAGGUGGGAGCCCUGCAAGGCUGCGGGCAGAGGAGGGCAGGACCGGACUCAAGUGCUCACGGGCGCCCUCUGGUGGCUGCUCUGGGAAGGACAGGUCAGGAAGUUGGGGGGGCGGGGCGCAGCCCUGAGCCUGGGACCAGAGCAGUGGCAACAGAGCAGAUCCAGGCCAGCCGUGACGAGGGCCGGACCCAGGUGGAGGCAGAGGAGGGACAAGUGGGCACAUUCAGAGCGUGAGUCUUUGUUUCAUCCCUGAGACAUUGUGAGACUUGGAACAAGUCACAGCCCUUUCCUGGACCUCAUCUUUCCCAUCCGUACUCGGUCCUAGUGACUUCAGGUCUGGAGCUCCAAUACUUGGCACGUCCCCGUGUCACUCCAGCACACUUAAAGGACAAGCAUUUUGAAAGCCCUGGGCGGAGGCUUUUACAUGCUGGCUGAGCUUGUUUCAUCCUCCCAGCAGCCCAGGAGCUGGAGACUACCCUUGUCCCCAGUUUACAGAUGAAGACACUAAGGCCCAGAGAGGGGAAGUCACUUAUCCAAGGUCACACAGCACACAGUAGCCUUUGGGGGCUGAAGAAGGAGCCAGGUGUCUCUAUUGGGUUCUAGCUCAUACGGAGAUCGUGAGACUGCUCCUUCAUUACGUCCAUUGUUUUUUGUUUUUGUUUUUGUUUUUUAUUCUGUGAAAUAGUCUUGUUCCUUUCCUGGCUCCUGGAUCUGUCUGGGUCACUGCAGUGUCUUCAGUGCGCAGCACACGGUAGUUGCUCAGUAAGUGAAUCCUUUUGAGGAACAAUAUGUGGAGCACCUGCUGUGUGCAGGUCCGUCUGGGGCACUAUCCCUGACCCCUAUGGAGUUCCCUGGGCAGUGGGUGGAGAGGAUGUGAUUCAUCCAUCUACUUAUCCAACCAACAUUUAUUGAGCUCCUACUGGGUGCAGGCACCUGUGGGCACAGUGGCGACUGAGUGGUCACCAUACCCCCAAGGUGACCUGAGACAACACCGUCCUGUUCUCUCAGAGCUCACGGUCAGCUGCCAGAGACAGAGACAGUGACCAGGGGAAUCAGGCCUGUGAUGGAGAAGUGUAGGGGUCUGUGGAGGCCCAAAGGGGACUCCUGACCCGCCGGCGGGGAUUCAGAGAAGCUUCUGGAAGGAGGAAGUAAGCUGAGACUUGAGGCGUAUGGUGGAAUGAGCCAUGGGCUGGGAAGAGAGCUCCUGGAGGUGCACAGAGCACUGGCGAAGGCCCGGAGGCGAGAGUGUGAGCUAGGACAGCUCCAGACAGAGCUGCGCUUUGCCAGAGCUGGGGGCUCAGCCACACGUCCUGUUGCCCUGGCGCCCCCUGGUGGCCGCCACCGCUCCAAGGCCAGUGCGCCCCCAGUGGCCACCAGGCCUGGGGUGUUUCCUGGGAAACCCCCUAUCCCCGCUAGGGACAAACAGCCUUAAGGAAAAAUAGGGGGGAAUUUUUUUGAAAAUUUCCCCUUCUUUAAGAACUCGGAAACAUGAAUCAAUAACAGAUGAUUUGUUUUCAGAGGUUAAUAACUGCGUCCCUGUUAGGAAUGAUGUCUUUCUGAGAUGAUUAGAUCUUCUACAAAUGUCCUCCCGCUCUCUGGGCCCAGAGACGGUAAUGCAUUGCCCAGUGUCACCCAGUGCAUGCGUCGCUGCCACCGAGCCUGGGCAGAACUUGAGGGACUUUGAAUCUUGUAAAUCUUCUGCCUCUCCGGCACAAUCUGGGUGGCCCACCAGAGGGCGCGCGCGAGCACCUCCUCUGCCCUCAGUCCUCCAGGGCUCCACCGCCUUGGGGGUAAAAGCCCGGGUCCUCCCCGCGGCCCCCAAGGCCCCGCGCGACCUGCCCUCCUCUCCUCUCCCUCUUCCCCCCAUCUAGUCUGUACGAGCCACAUGGGCUUCAACACACAGAUGUGGUUCUGCCCCAGGACAUUUACACAGCUGUUCCCUCUCCUUGGAAUGCCCUUCCUCCAGAUGCCGACAUAGCCCCCUCCUCACCUCCUGCAGAUUUUUGCUCAAAUGUCAUCCUCUCAAUGGGGACUUCUCUGAUUACCCCACUUAAAAUCAUUUACAACCUCAUCCACCUCCCCACCCCGUUCUAUUGCUCCCUGAUGCUUAGCACUUUUAGACAAAAAUAGUAAGUCACUUAUUCACUGAGCACAUUGUUUAUCAUCUGCCUUCCCAAGAGGAUGGGAAUUUUAUCUGUUGAUUUCACUGCUGGACCCCAGUACCUGGCACACAGCAGGUGCUUAAUAAAUGACUUUGAAUUAAUGGGCACAUCUUUUUAUCUUUAAAAUAACCUCUUUGGGGGCGCCUGAGUGGCUCAGUUGGUUAG